AAAAUACGACUAUUUUUGUAGACGUGUGAUGACGCGCCACGUGUCAGGGUACUCACGCGCACAUGCAAAAAAAGCCAUUGAUCCAAAACAAUAACAGUCCAUCCUUAUAACAGAAGAAGAAGUCUUAUUCUUCGUUUUCCUCUUCCCAUAUCUUCCUCCACCAAAAUAGCAGAAAGCUGCAAUGGAGAUUUCUGGCAGCUUUAUUUGCAGAGCGCUUUUAUUCACCGGAGUCCUCUUCUACUUUACCUUCCUCCUCCUCACCUCCAAUCGCUACGGUUGCCCCUCGCAGGACGCCGUCGUUUCGCCGCUCCUCAGGCCGGCGACGUCGGUUUCAGGUAAUGAUAAUGGUGAUGAGGCUAUUGCUAACGAUAAUAUUGACCGGCAGAAGCCUACCUUGGUUGCAACGAAUGAAAAGGACGUCGCUGUUGCCUCCGACGGCGACAAAAGCGUCGUUUCUGAAAUAGACAAAAAUAUUACUGCCGCGGAUGGUGUUGGUGUAUCUUCCGGAAGGAACGAUGUUGAUGUUGGUGUUGGUGUUGAUUUGUCUGUAGAUAGAGAUAAAAAAAGCGUCGUUGAUUCAGAGAAGAAAGGAGAUGGCGGUGGUGGUGGAGGCGGCGGUUCGUCCGCCGCCGUCGAGGUGAGAUCGCCGACUCAGCUAAAGCAUGUGGUGUUUGGAAUCGUUGGAUCGGAGAAAGCUUGGCAUCAGAGGAAGGUUUACAUCGAGUCAUGGUGGAGGCCGAACGCUACGAGAGGAUACCUCUUCCUCGACACGAAGCCGUCGGAAGCUCUAAUGCCGUGGUCGCCGGCUUCUCCGCCGUACAAGGUGUCCGCCGAUCUGAAGAAAUUUCUCAACAAACCGGACGUGACGCCGCAGAGGAUCGCGAAUGGAAUCAGAGAGGUUUUCAACGCGGAGCAUGAAGACAUACGGUGGCUGGUGAUGGGAGACGACGAUUCGAUCAUAUUCCUCGAUAACAUGAUCGAGCUUCUCAACAAAUACGAUCACACAAAGUACUACUACCUCGGCGCUCGAUCGGAAUUCGUGCUCUCAAAUUUCCUCUUCUCCUUCGCCCAAGGCUUCGGCGGAGCGAGCUUCGUGCUGAGUUAUCCUCUGGCGAAGGCUUUGGCCAAGGACAUGGAUCGUUGCUUGUUGAAAUACGGUUAUCUCAUCGCCGCCGAUCAGACGGCGAUGUCCUGCAUCGCCGAUCUCGGAAUCAGCCUAACAGAGCAUCCUGGAUUUCACCAGAUCGAUUUGCGCGGGGACUUAUCAGGAUUCCUAUCCUCACAUCCAAACGCGCCUCUAAUUUCUCUGCACCACUUCGACAUGCUGGAUCCGAUCUUCCCCAACAUGGACCGUUACGAGUCCACGCGCCACCUGAUGAAGGCGGCGGAGGCGGAUCAGCCGCGGAUGCUGCAGCAGACGGUGUGCUACUACCACAAGUACAACUGGACGUUCUCCAUCUCCUGGGGAUACUCGGUGCACAUCUACGAGCGGAUUAUGCCGCGGAGCAUUCUCCAGUACCCAAUCGAGACGUUCCGGCAGUGGCUGCCGGCGCCGGGGCCGCCGUUCUACAUGUUCAACACGCGCCUCCCGUCGCAGGACCCGUGCGAGGCGCCGCACGUGUUCUACUUCCAGGCGGUGGAGAAAUCGCCGCAGAGCAACGUCACCAACACCAACUACGCACGGUCGGCGCCGCGGGGAAUGCCGGCGUGCGCCUUCUUCGGGAAUCACUCCGCCGAUUUUGUGACUAAAAUCAGAGUCUAUUCGCCGGCGAAUAAGCGAAAAGAGGUGGAGAGAAGUGAAUGCUGCGACGUGAUUGGGUUGAGUGGCAACAGGGCUAAGAUUAAAUACAGGGAGUGCCGGAACGAUGACGUACUCAUUUAGUGCACUGUUAUAUUACAUAUAUUUAUUUAUUUUCAUUUUUCAUUCUUUUUUUUUUGG